CAUAUGUGAAGAUGGUAAAUUUUUUAAGAAAUAUGAAGAUACCUGUAAAGAAAUCGACAAAAAAACUAAAGAAUGCAGAGAAUAUUCAUAUUAAAAUAAACUUACCUCUUGGCCACAAAUAAUAUCAGUUACGUUUUAUAACCACCAAACACGGUAUACAUUAUAUUCUUGAGGUGUUUUUUAGAAUUUAAGAGGUGGAGACAUAGUCACUAAAUGAAAUCUAUGAUUCAUAAAAGGGAGAGUGAGACACUAAAUAAUAUGUAGACUGCUAUAUGUUAUUAUUAGAAAAGGGGCGCCCAAAGGCUCGGCCGAGUCACCACUCACCAACCCAGAUGAUUGAGGAGGUGUCAUUCCAAUAAUUAAAAUAAGCUAAAAAUUGAAAAAACAAGGUUCAAACGAGAAACCUUUACACACACCUAUUAGACGAGCCUUACGACCACCACGCCACAGCAACUAAUAUGUCAUCUACUGACGAUUUUACCUAUUUGUAAAACUUAGGGGGGAGGGGGGCACAAACUAGCUCCGUCCCUGGCUAGGAGCGGGAGUACACUUCAACAUCACCACCACCUACACCAAAGAGCUUUGGAGAGUUAGCAUUUGAGCGCUACAACAUCCCAAUGGAGUGCCUAGAUGAUAGCGAUCCCAACCUUCCUCCGGGUUUCUUCCAGAUUAAAGUGUUAAACGAGAGGAAAGUUGGCUCCAAGAGGUGGGGACCGUAUGGACAUCUUUCAUCAAGGGAAGUCCCGACCCUUCUACUCAAGACUUCCUCAAAGAACAAGAAGAGAUGCUCAAGAGGAUAGAGGAGAAUGGAAGAGUUAUUGAGAAACUUUGCUCGAGACUCAGUCAAGAGCGCCUCUUUGACAUCAAGAAUGAAACAAAAGAGGAAGCGGUAAAAGAGGAAGGUGUCUCAAGGGUGGACAAGCAAGUGGAACUUGAAGAUCUAUUGAAUAACUUGCUUGUAAAGCCAUCAUUGCUCCUAAACAUCAAGAAGGGGAAACUAAAGAAGGAAGCCUUGAUCAGGUUGUGAGGAAGGAAGGAGAAAGUGAAGAAGAGGAGAGCUUGGUACCCGACAAGGAGAAGAUUCUUCACAAGAAGGAGAGGAGGUUGAAGACGCAAUCAGAGUCCGAUCAAUGGACAAGGAAGGGAUGGAUGAAGCUUCUACAAGUUAUAUGUGCUACAAAAGCUUUCCACCCGACCUUGAUACAGUUUUAGAUAAGGAUACUUUUGCAGAUUCACUUUGCCAAGCCAAGGCCACGCCAUCAACAAUCCCUCUUGGUGGAUUCAAGUAUGGUCAAUCAAGAUUGCAUUACAUGGUAUGGGGCAAAGAGAAGAAAGAAGAAUAAAAUAAGAGGUCUCAUGGGUGGAGACACAAUUCUUACCAAGUCAACGGGUCAUUCACCUCACCGACGACAACCUCAACUUCAAGGAGGUCUUGAGCUGAUCUGAGUACUCGAAGACAACGGUCCGGUAAAAUGACUUAAAAGACACGCUAGUUGGGAGGCACCCAAACAUCAGUUUGCAUUUUCUUUUCCUUAUCUUUAAAUAAAGUACUUGCAUGUUUGAAUCUUGUUUUUAGGUUAGUUUGUAGUGUAAGUAGUAGUAAACGACCAUGCCUUAGUUAAGAAUGAGUUCUAAUGGACUAAGAUGAAGGUCAAAUGAGGAAAAGGUGAUGUGUUGUUGUGUGUUUCAUGCUUAUGAUUGAAUGUAUGUGGUUUGGAGGACUUGGUGUGUAUGAAUUGCAUGCUUCUAACCGUUUUGAUUGUUACACACCAAGUGCUCGAUGAAAUGCCCAAACCACAUUAUUUGUGCUUGUAAUAAUUUGAUGCAUGCCAAAUGAACUUUAAUGCUUUUGUUAGACCUCUAGUAGCAUGUUUGAGGGGUAGUUUCGAAUAUUGAUCAAUUGGUAUAAGGUGUAUGGCCCCUUUGCUCAACAAAGCUUACCACUUUGAUAUGAUUUUUGAGCAAUCGGUCCAUGCCCCUACCUUAGUCAUUUAGGUUGCUUAUUUCCCUUGGACACGACAUUAAAACCCCUAGAUUGACAUGUUGUCAUGUGAACCAAUCAAUCAAGAUUGUUAACUACCUAAUUCGACAUUGUUUUCCACUUUUCACCCUUGUUUCACAUAGUAACCAUCAAAUGUGGGGGUGUAUAAGAUUGGAUCCUAGGGACGAUGAGAAGUGUUCAAUGCAUCAUUCGAUUGUUGAUGAAAUAUGUUUGGCAUGGAUGGGUAUGAAUCGUUCUUGUGUGUGUAGGAACCUUUAGAAGGGUUAAUCCUUUGAAGAGAGAGUUCCAAUGCUCCUCCUUAGAAAGUGCAAUAAACUUCAAACUUCCAA